AUUUUUCAGGCGUGUUUGAUUAGGAAUGGAGCUAAACUCUGCAGGACAGUGCAGUGGCCCUCCAGGACUGAAAUUGCCCAUCCCUGGUUUAGAAGGUUACGGGUAUAGCUCUUCUCCAGGCGGACUUUCAUCCUCGAAAAACGAAAGAGAAAAAAGAAAGACAAAAACAGCAGGAAUACUACGCGUUCUGCCAUGCAGUGUGUCUCAGCUCCUCUCAGCCAGAGAGCAUAGAGACUCCUUCUUUGUACGAGACGUGGAGCUCAACCAGGUGACUGUGGUGGGUUUGAUCAGAAGAUCCAAACCAAAGCUGACACAUCUUGUUUACUCUCUGGAUGAUAUGACUGGCCCCCCUCUAGAAGUCAUACAGUGGGUGAAUCUUGAGGAUGUCAAUAUGAAUCAUUGUGUUAUUUCGCCUGGGUCAUAUGUCAAAGUAGUGGGAAGCCUACGCUCCUUUCAGCACCACAGGUCCAUGGUAGCUUUCAACAUUCGCUGUCUGGAAGACUUUAAUGAGAUCACUUCGCACAUGUUGGAGGUGAUACAGGCCCAUCUGCAUAGUGAUAGCAGCUCAUAUAGCAGGAUGAAGAAUGAGACCUCAACUAUAAUAAACACAUCAUCACAUGCAAGUGACCCAGCCACCAUUGGUUUUACAGCCAAUCAGAGGCAGGUAUUUACUUUGAUUAAGAGCUGUCCUUUGGCCGAGGGCAUCAGUAUGGAGUGCUUGAGGAAGUCGCUCAAAUAUCUCUCCCUCUAUGACAUCAGGACUUGCCUGCAGUUUCUUAUAAACGAAGGGCACAUUUUCUCCACAAUUGAUGACUUCCAUUUCAAGUCUACUAAUUUCUAAAGUAAUUUGGUGGUUUGAAGACACAGUCUUUAAAAAUGCCAUCAUAUUUUUUUGUAUCGAGUGGACAGUUUAAAUGACAAUUAAAAAAAAAAGCCUGCCCUUGUAUAUUUCAGUUGUUUACAUAGUUAGAAAAUGAUUUGUAAAUUAAUAAUCUAGAAUGCAUUUGUUUUUGGUGAUUUGUGUUGUUUUGACUAUUGCUCUUGCAGAUGUUUGAAAUUGUGUUUAAAUAUAUAACUUGCAUAGUAACUUGUGUGUUGUUCUUACUCACAAUUUGUUGUAUUGUUUCUCUGGAUAGUUGGGAUAAUAAUAAAGAAAACUUGCAAUUAUUUUUGGCUUGUUUAUGUAUAUAUAAAAUUGUUUAAAUUG